GAUUUUUUGCCUUCAUCUCGUCUGUUUUUUGAACUAACGAAAAAGAAAAAAACGAACGAAUGAACGAACGAACGAGCAAACUUCCGCAUUCCACUGCAUUGCGAACGAAUAAGUGAACGAACAAACGAUCACUUGCCAAUGUUUUGAAUCUGAAAAAGCAAAACUUGAUAUUAUAUCAGAAUGAUGUCUAGUCUUUGUCGCAAAAUUUUAAAAUAUCUUGGAAUGUAUUCAUGGCUUUGUAAAUGUAAAGGUAAAUACAGUUGUAAAAAUUACAAGCAUAUAGUCAUGGAACAUUCUGAUUUAGUAGCAGAAAUGGUACAUAUAGAAAGGUUAACAACUCAAGAAAGAUUGCAUUUAGCUCGUCUCAAAAGACUUCAGCAAUUAAAAGUAUGGCGUCAACGUGAAAAAGAAUGGAUGCGACAUCAAACCAGACAUACAAGUAAUAAACGUCAUAUAUAUUUUAGUGAUAGUGUAAUGCUUUUAGAAGCUGCAGCAAGAAAUGAUAUUGAUGAAGUGAGACGACUUUUAAAAAAAGGAGUAAAUCCAGAUUCAACAAAUGAAGAUGGAUUGACAGCUUUACAUCAAUGUUGUAUAGAUGAUAAUGAAGAAAUGAUGAAAUUAUUAAUUGAAUUUGGAGCAAAUGUUAAUGCAGAAGAUAGUGAAAAAUGGACACCAUUACAUGCUGCUGCUACUUGUGGGCACUUACAUUUAGUUAAAAAUCUCAUUGUUAGAGGUGCUAAUUUAUUAGCUGUUAAUGCAGAUGGUAAUAUGCCUUAUGAUAUUUGUGAAGAUGAAAAAACAUUAGAUUGUAUAGAAGGUGAAAUGGCAAGACGAGGUGUUACUCAAGAAUUAAUAGAUGAAACUAGAGCUUCAAUUGAAGUUCAAAUGUUAAGAGAUUUACAAAAUAUAACUUCUAUAGGUGGUGAUUUAGAAUAUAAGGAUCAUCAAGGUGCUACACCUCUACAUAUUGCAGCUGCAAAUGGUUAUUUAAGAGUAGUUGAAUUUCUUCUAGAUCAACAUGUUUCAACUGAUGUUGAAGAUAAUGAUAAGUGGCAACCAGUUCAUGCAGCUGCUUGCUGGGGUCAUUUAGAAGUUCUUGAGUUAUUAGUACAAAAUGGAGCUGAUUUAAAUGCGAAAAAUAAACAUGAUGAAACUCCAGCUGAUAUUUGCGAAGAUUCAGAAAUUAAAGAAAGAAUAGUGGAACUUAAAACGGAACAAGAAAGUAAACGAUUACGCGAAGCACAGGGAAGACGAGUACGUAGAUCUCAAAGUAUAAAUACGCGUACUCAAAGCGUAAGAAGAACUUCAAUAAGAGAUAAAGUUUUAACUACGAAAAAAGAUGCUCAAGAAGAAGCUCGACUUAGAUUACAAGCACAACAGACAUAUGGUGGUUCCACUACUAAUGUUCCACAAUCAGAAAAUGAAGCUAAUAUACGAGAAAAUAUAAGCAGUGAAACAGAUAAUAAUGCACCACCAACUGCUGUACGUAAAGCACCUGAAGGAAAGGAUAAUGAAUCUUUCCUUCAUGAAGACGUCGAUAAAGAAUCAGUUUUCUAUGUCACUUUCUUAUUUCUUUAAACGUAUUUUUGAACAUAACGUUUUAUUAUUUUUUAUCUUUUAAUGACAUGGUUGUACGUUUCGAAAUUUUCUCUUAUAAGAUUGAAUUAUUUUUACAUGUUUUGUGUAUACAUAUGUUUUCUCUUUGAUAAUAUCUUCCUAGUAUAAAAAUCGAAUAUUUUGUUGCAAAAGCUAAAUUGCAUUGGCUUUUUUUUUUUAGUACUUUCUUGCUAUUUCAAAUAAUAUGUUAGCAUUUGGCAAAGCUUAUUGGUUGUUAUAUGCGAAGAAAUAUUAUAAUAAGUUUAACAGUUAAAAACCAAGUUCUUGUAAUAUUGUUUUUGUACUUAAUACAAUUUAGAAUAUUUUAAGCUUAAACGCACAUCUACAAUACACUAAUAUUCCCCAUAUACUGUAGGAUCAAGAUAACUUGUAUUAUGUACUUUUAAUAUAAUAUUUCCUUAACAUUACUUUAUGAAGUAAAUAAAAUAUUACAAAUAUAGCUUUAUUUGAUAAUAUCAUUAUCUAUAUUCAAUAUUUUAUCAAACAGAUCAAAUAGAUUUGAAUUUAUAUUAUAAUGGAUGAAUAAUUAAUAUUCAAUGAGCACUUUCAUAUAUAUAUAUAUAUAUAUAUAUAUGUGUGUGUAUGUAUAUGUAUAUGUAUAUAUGUAUGUAUAUAUGUACGUAUAUAUAUAUAUAUAUAUAUAUUUACAUAUCAUACAAAAACUGUUGAUGAAAUAAAAAAUUAAACAUAUCGAAUUAUUUUAAUACAUGUAUACUAGGUUUGUGAAAAGUUCUGUCAUUUUCCUUAUUUAUUCAAACAAUCAAGAAUAAUAUAAUUAUUGCUAUUUAUUAUAUAAUAUAUAAUAUAUAAAUUUUUAAAAUAAUUCAUAACUUAUUUUAUAUUUUUAUUUUCUAUUAAUUUCAUUUUGAUAAUAUAUAAUAUAUAACAAAUAUUUACAUUUUUAUUUGCAAUUUUAUGUAUAAUCAUUUUAUAAUUUAAUGUUUAUACAAUAAAAAAUCCAUCAAUAAUAAAUAUCAAUAAUAAAAUCAAUGUUAAAAAAAAAAAUAGAACUAGAACUUUUUCACAUAUCUAAUGUUAUGCUAAUAGUUAAUUGUAUUCACUCAAUGUUAGUUAUGUAUUCGCGUAAUGUGUCUUCCUGUCUUUUAGUUUUAUCGCUAAAUGAUAAGAUCGUUACGAGGUCGGUUGUGUCACGACAUUUCAUAUUACUAUAGUUAUUAAUAGAAUUCUUUUAUAAAUUCUACAUCAAAUCGAUCACAUUGAUAAAAUUUAACACUAUUAUUAACCAUUAUAUUUGCUUUCAAACUUUAAAGAGUUUAAUAUGAUAUAAUUAUGAACUUUUUUUAAUUUUUUUAAUAAAUAUUUAAAUCUGUAAUUAUUGCUACAAAAAUAUUAAUAUAGAAUAUUCAUAGUUAAUAUUAUAUAGUAUGUUUGUUAUUAUUUUUUAAAAUAAUUAAAAUUAUAACAUUAUUAAAAUAUUUGUUAUUUGCUAUUAUGAUUAAAAAAAUGUUACUUUUUAUCUUAUCUAAGUUAAAAGCAGCAAAAUUGAGAAAUGAUUGAUUUGAAGUAAUAUUAUUCCAUUAUAAUGAAAAAUAUGUUUGGACAUUGACACAGCUUAAAUUUAUAUUAAUUUAUAUUUUUAGGACAAUUAAAUUAUUUUAAUGUUCCAGAGAAUUCAACUAUUAUUCGUUUUGUACUUAUUUAUGUAUAUAUUUUUAUUUAUACAAGUUAAUACAUAUAAUAAUUAAAUUGUAAACUAAAUUUUUUAUUUUGUAUAAUAAAAAAAUUUUAAUGUAAAUUAUAUAUGUUUGAAUAUAUUACUUUUAAAAUUUUAAAGAUUUAGUUUACAAUAUAAUAAAUUAAUAAACAAAGAUCCAUCGUUAACGGAAUAAAAAAAUUAAAAAAAUUGUUAAAAUUUUCUUCAUUCUUUUAAAGUCUUUUAAAAAUAUAAUAAAUGUAAUAGAAGAUAGGAAAUGAAAAAAAUGUUUAUGUAAAAUAUAGAAAACAUAUUUCUGGAACUCCAUCAUGCAAUGUUUUUAAUGCUUAUUGCUAAAGCAUGUGCCGCUUAGCGCAUGGCAGCUAGUUUCCACACUAGUUGAGUUUCUUUUGAAGUGCCAUUUCAGUGUAUGAAAAAGGGAAUUAGGUGGAGGGUAAAGCAAGGUGGAAUGGAAUGAAAGGGAAGGAAAACAAAUUUCACGUGAAUCACAAGGAACAGAAGUAGCAUUGGAUUUACAUGUUUGCCUCAAUAGUGACAGGGUCCGACUCACCGGUCGGUAAUCAGCAGCAGAUCUACGCAUCAGAUGGUGACACCAAUGGCAAGAUCAACAUACACGUCUCGGUAGUUUUUGUCAAAUCAUUAUCGGACUUGAAGAAACAAAGAGCACAAAAUCGGCAUAUAUCUGCUGGAUCGAUAGAUGCCAAUGGAAAUGGUAUUCCUGUGUCGCCUAUCUCCAAUUCAGAACUCAAUACUGGCAGAGAUUUUCAACGAUUCACCGGAAAUACUAGUGAUAUUGUCGGUGAUAAUCAUUCCGAAAAAAGUUGUUGUGCUGUCAUGUAAUUUUUUUUUUCUUUUUCAUCAUUUUUCUUUACAAUUCAUUUAAUUUCAUUUAAUCUUAUUCUGUAUAAUUUUAAUAUGUUUGUCAGCAUAUACUCGAAGCUAUGUAUUUCUAUCAUAGAAAAUCGUAGAUAACAUUGUAUCAAACAAAUGAGAUUUCGAUUUUAAAAAUUAUGAAUUAACAUUUUCAUCUUAUUUUUUAAAUAUUAUAUAUUUUUAAAUUUUAAACAAUUCUAUUUAUAGUGGUUUACAUACGAUUGCAAAAGAAUAUCGUAUGGAAUCUUGAUCUUAAUAAUAUGCUUACGAAUUCGAGAUACGAGAUUAUAUAGAUUUCUAAUAUGUAUUGUAUUUAUAAGCGAAUAUUUAAAUAAUUAUUAUAAGAAAUAAUUUUAAUUAAAUUUAUAAGUUUUUUUGAAUAUGUACAGAAUUCUAUUUAUUACAGCAUAAAAAUAAUGUAUAUUUCAAUAAUUUUUAAAUUGUAAAUUACGUAAAAAAAACACAUUUUUGCAAAUAAUAUGUAUGAUAUCGUAUAGAAUAUUUCUCGUGUUUUUUAUAAAGAUGUUAAUUAUAAAUAGUAUUUUUUAUAUUCAUUUAGAUAUACAUAUUUCUAUGAAUACUUUUAUUUGUAAAUUUUAAUGUGUGCCGUUAUUCUAUAUUCUAUAGUAUAUAUCCUAUGUUUUUUCUUAAAAAUAUAUCGUGAAUCAUAUAAUA